AUGCCUAUCGAGUCGCGACAACGAACGACGACUAUUAAACCACUGACACCAACAUUGAGCUCCCACCUGCGCACUCGACCUAACCAUGGACUUACACCGCGACUGGCUGGCGCUAUUCCCACAUCACCUGCCUCACAAGUUCAGCCGCAGACACGAUCCUUGCGUCAGCAAACCUUGUCGCCAGAACGACCCGACGACGAACGAUCAAUCUCUUUCUACAGCAACAUCACACCGCGAUCAGGCGCUAGGAUCUCCCGCAUAGAUACUGAAUCACCUUCUACACCAGAUACCGCUGCCAAAGCACGAAUAGUGGCAGACCAACCACAAGAAGAGCAGUCGAUCCUGGGAUUGGGGUUAAAUAGCCCAGUAUAUACACCCUCACAGCCACGGCCAAAAGCGACUGAACAGCUGUCGUUCUUGCCUACCGCUACUGGCAGGCGCGGAUCAGGAUGCAGCAAUAUCUCCUCUGUGAGAGACAACUCGAAGGCUUUUCGAGCAAAUGACUCCAAGCCUACCUCUAUUGCCUAUGUCGCCUCGUCGAGGACUAAGCCUACAUAUUCACCUCAACCACAAAGCCCUCGACUUUCACCACAAAAAGAGCUCGAUGAUGUCAAGAAUAAGUUGGAUGAUAAAUUCUUCUACGCAAAUGAUAUACCCCAGCAGCAUGUCGCUCGAUCCGCGACUUCUCUCUCCGACACUAAAUCGACCAUUGCACCAGCUCUCGCAACGUCUACACGUUCUUUACUGGGGCAAACACCGUCGCCCUUGUUAUCAGAUGAACGUUCAAUUACAGAUAGGAGGCGUAGUAGCUCUCUUAACUUCAAACCGGUCAUCACCACAAUGGACGAGAAAUCUCACAGAAAAUCUUUGAGUGGCAGUUCCACCAUAGGUUCAACAAUUAAGUCGAAUGCCACUCCUGAAUUGCGACAGGCUCUGCAAAACGAUCUCAAAAAGUCGCUUCUCAUCUCAUCGGGUCCACCCGUGCCACCUGAAGAUGCAAGCCCGAUAUCACCAUUUACUGCCCCUAGCUGGAGUAUCGCCUCAAAUCAUCCUGAUGCUACUUCCAGGCCAAGCGACCCGGUCUCGACAGAUGCUAUCAAAAAGCCGCUUGUGCAACCACGUCAUGCUCGUGGAUCGUCGGAGACAAUAGUACUGCAACCAGUCACAAAAGAACAAUUGGAGGCAGCUGCUAAUGCGCGUCGAGAACGAAAAGUGCUCGACCUUGAGAUUUCAAAUUCAUCCUUGCUAGCAAUCAAUAAAACUCUUGAAAAAGAACUCAAGAAGCAGAACAACGAGUUGAGAAGGUUCCGACGGCUUUCUCGUUCCGGGAGGCUGUCGCUGAUUCCCACUGCCACAAAUCGCGUCAUAUCUGGUGCAUCAAUGUCAACUCUCUCAACAUUGGAUGAAGUUAACAACGACGCCUGUCACCUGAGCUUUUCUCCUACUGCAAGCGAGCCCGGCAGUCAUGCUGGCGAAGACGACUUUUUGUCCGAUGAUGACAGCUCUUUUACGGAGUCCUCAGAUGUCAUUCGGAGGCGAGCUCGUGACGAGAAAAAGCUCAUGCUAGAUCUGCAAAGACAUCAACAACUUCUAUUAGAGUCUCAGAAGUUGACGCAAAGCAUACAGAGGUGUCUAAAUUUCACCGACGAACUUAUCAAAGAUGGAACGAAGGCACUUGCUUACCAGGUCGAGGAGAAAGAUGUUCAACUCGGUGGACGUGUGUUAAGUCAAGAUAAUGACGAAGCAUUAUCUGAGGUCGAUUUCGACGGAUAUCAACAAUCUAUGAUCAUGCCAGGGCAAGGACUUUUGAGUCCAGCCGUCACGAAAGAUGCUAUUGAAGAAGCAAGUAUGUGGGCUAACGAGUUGCAAACGAUCGACGGGAACAAUAGCGCCGACCAUGUCGUGCUUGACAAGUCAAUCACACAAAGUCCUUCAUCAACAGUCGAUUUAAGCCCGGUCUCGCUACCUGAAAGCUAA